CCCAAAAUAGAUAAUGACAACACGAUCCAAAUUUGGGUCCCGGGAUUCUCGUUGAUAUAAAGAGGAGCCUAUAUGCGGAAGUUUCAUAUUCUUGAUGACGCUGGCUUCAGAUUUCACUGUUCACCAUUUUGGUUUACAAUCAUCGAGCAGUCUUAUUUGAUGAAGAGUAAAGAAAGACAAGACACCGAACGGAGUAGAGAAUCGCAGAGGCAGGCUAGCGCUACAACUAGUGCAGGAGGCCACUCACCCACCCAUUGCACUGUGCAGGGCAAAGCCGAAUCCAGCGCCUGUACUACUACAUUGAAAUUUCAGCUUCCUACUCUUAGCCAGCUUAGCUCAGUUAAUUCAAUAUGGAGGCUAUAAAGCUCUUAGUGGUUGGCGAUGGUGCUGUGGGUAAAAGCUGUCUGUUCAUCUCAUACACAACAAACAGCUUCCCAAGUGACUAUGUUCCCACUGUCUUUGAUAACUACGCAUCCAAUGUGAUAGUCAAUGGUGUGCCUUAUAGUCUGGGGCUAUGGGACACAGCUGGUCAGGAAGAUUACGACCGUUUGCGACCCUUGUCCUACCCUCAGACGGAUGUCUUCCUUAUUUGUUAUUCAGUCGACAAUAGGGAUUCCUUUUUACAUGUUGAGGACAAAUGGUACCCAGAACUAACCCAUUAUUGCCCUAAGACGCCAAUUGUUCUUGUUGGAACAAAGAUAGAUCUUCGUGGAGCUAGUACUAGCGGGCAGUUUGUUAGCUUCAAUGAAGGAGCUGCACUGGCAGCCAAAUUGAACCUUGGCUUUGCCGAGACCAGUUCACUCACGCAGACUGGCUUGAAAGAAUGCUUUGAUAAAGCACUUGAACUUGCUAUUAGUAAUAUGACACUUCAGAAGAACAAGAAGGGUUUCUUUUCCUUUGGAAGUAAAUAUAAGAAGAACAUUCCUGUUCCUCCUGCUAUGCCUCCAACUGGUCUUGCACCAUGGAUUGAGAUCAAGACAUCCACCUUAGGAGCAGAUAUGGCUACUAUCCUUGAUGACCCAGCUGAAGCAGAUGUAGUCUUCCAUUUAGAUGAUGGGAAGAGUCAAGCAGCUCACAGAUUGGUGCUUUGUAGUGCAUCAGAUUUCUUCUGUAGAGUCUUUGAGCAGAAGCUACCUAAGGUUGAGCAGGAGGACAGAGCGGUGCGUGUUCCUGCAUUUACCUGGGAUGAGAUCAAUAGUGGUAGCAUAGCAGGUAUAUCUAGCAUCAAGCAAGCAGAAGAAGGGGUUGGGCACCAGAUUGAUGUUUGUCUUUCUGCUGAUAUCUCUUCAAAGACAUUCACACACAUACUGAGAUUCCUCUAUGCAGGUAUUCCUAAUGUAGACGAAGACACUCCGGAAGCUGAAUUAGAUUCUCUCUUGAAGGCAGCAGACGUCUUCUAUCAUCCUAGACUCAGGGAAAUCGUCUCCAACAUCCAGAAUAGUGAGGAGUUCCUUAACCCCAGCAUUGGCACAUACCUUAACGACCUUACAGGUCAGAGGUCAAAAGAGAUGUUCUUCAGGAAGCCUGUAUUUUCAGAUGUACAGUUUGAAGUAGAAGGUCAGCUCCUGUAUGCACACAAGGCCAUCUUGAAGGCUCGCUGUGCUGUCAUGGCAAAAAUGUUCAGUGGCGUCUUUGCAGAAAGUUCAACAAGCAAGAUCCCCAUUCUCGAAACAAGCAUGGAAUGCUUCAUGGCUAUCUUGGAGUACAUCUAUACCGACCACGCCCCUAUAGAGGAAGGUGACGCUGUUGGUAUCCUGGUCACGGCCGAGCGGUUUGCUCAAGACAGGCUCAAGAACCUGUGUGAGCUGUACAUCACCAAGGAGGUGGAUGUCAGUGUCAGAGAUCAGAUUGAGAAAGCAGAUAUUGAUGUCAUAGGUCUCCUGCAGACAGCACAGAUGCACAAUGCCGAUCAGCUGUCGGCGUGGUGUCUCCAUUUCAUCUCGUCUAACUACCUGGCAUUUGAGAGACGUGCCGAGUUCAGUCAGUUGGAAGGAGACAACCUUGCACACGUCUCCGACAAGAGAUGGCCACCAGUCAAGUAUCUCGAGGAGGUAGAGAUCUGGGAAUCAAAGUACGGGGACAAGAAGAAGAAAUCGGACGAGAAAUGCUCCGUCAUGUGAUCAGGUGGACGGGAUAUGGGUUACCAUGACAACUAACACAAAGGCUGGAACACUGCCCAAAGCUUGCUGUUGUUGUUGUACAGCUUUAAGUCUUUGAAGUCAAAGAGAGCAUUAUAUCAACUUAAUAUCUCUGUGGUAGUCGGGUUCAAUCCUUCAAGAAUAGUCCAAAAGAAGGUCAACAUUCAAUAGUUUUAAAUGUUAUUAUUUUUGUAGCAUGUAUUUCAUUCUUUAUCUGUGUGUACAUAAAAAGUAUCAUUUCAAAAUUUAAGAUGUUGAUGUUAAUAUAUAUUUUUGGUGGUAUAUGAAUGUGUUGAAACUACAUGUAUGUACCCUGUGCUGAAUAGUAUACAAAUAAUCAACGUUUAUGAGUUCAAUAGUGCAAUUAUUUUCAUAAAAAGAACUUCUUCUCUCGAGGCGUCAGCAGAGUUGAAUAGAACAUUUAUCUGCCAACGAAUGAAGAUAUUCACAGAACUAUGCUUUGCUCCUUAUAUUAGUAAUAAAUCAAAUUUGGAGUCAGGCCUUCUCGAUAACAUUCAGAUUGCCUUUGUGUGGGAUGCGCACAGCUAAGACGAUGAAAAUAAUGGAAUACCCACAGGGCAGGGAGGUACGCAGUCUAAAUAUAACCAAAAAUGCACCCUGAAUAGUACAAAAAUGCACUGCGAAUAUAACCAAAAUGCAUGCUCAAUGACUUAGUCGUUCAAUAUAUUAUUUAUUGAAUAUCAUGUAACCAACAAUCCUCUAAUCAAAUGACAAGGAUCUACUUACCGUAAACAUAUAAUUUUUUCUAGUUUUAUACUUUUUAUACUUUUAUUGAAUAUUGCAAGUGAUGUGCUCUAG